GCCGGCCGCCGCCCCGCCGCCCGCUGAAGCGGCCGGAGCCGCGCCCGCCGCGGCCGGGACGAUGCCGCGUUGGGAGGCGGCCGCGCUGCUCGCCGCGCUCGUCGGCGUCUGCGUCUGGACCGACGAGACCGGGAAAGUUAUCUCGGACCGGUACGCUGUCUACUGGAACGGGAGCAACCCCAGGUUUCAGCACGGGGAUUACACAGUGGAAGUGAGCAUCAACGACUACCUGGACAUCUACUGCCCGCACUACGAGGAGCCGCUGCCCGAGCGGAUGGAGCGCUACAUCCUCUACAUGGUCAACUACGAGGGGCACGCAUCCUGCGACCACCGUCAGAGGGGCUUCAAGCGCUGGGAGUGCAACCGGCCCGACUCCCCCAACGGGCCCCUCAAGUUUUCAGAGAAGUUCCAGCUCUUCACCCCCUUCUCACUGGGCUUCGAGUUCAGACCCGGCCACGAGUACUACUACAUCUCCUCAUCCCCCCCAAACACAGUGGACAGGUCCUGCCUGAAGCUGAAGGUUUAUGUGCGGCCAACAAACGAUUCCCUGUACGAGUCCCCGGAGCCCAUUUUCACCAGCAACAACUCCUGCUGCAGCCUCAGGGUGCCGCGCGCCAUGCUCGUGGUGGUGCCGGUCAUCUGGACGCUCCUGGCCUCGUAGCGCUGACACCGACGCGCCGGGGAGCGGCUCCGGGGAGCAUCACCUCCGGCCACCC